UGGGGAACUAUGCUUGUUUUCUAUGCAUCCUUGUACCCCACAUCUAGGCGUUUUACUUUCAUCGAAGCACUCAAAAAGCAUGGUCUUUCUCAUUUAUUCCACCUGAAUAGUCCCUUCCCACCCACUGUCACAGAUUGUUCUGGCUUUACUCUUACCCUCCAGUUCUCUAUUCUCACAAAGACAGAAUUAGCAUUCAUUCAAUUCUCUCUAAUUCAAGAAAUGGCCGAAGGAGCUCUGUUCGACGUUGCUAAGGGAAUCAUCGGGAUAGCGGGCAAACUAGCACUCCAAGAGGCUGCGCUCAUCUGGGGUGUCAAAGACGAGAUCAACAAACUCAAGGAGACAGUUUCCAAAAUCAGUGCUAUGAUUUUGGAUGCAGAGGCGAAGCAACACGGCAGUGAAGUGAUCAAAGAGUGGCUGAAAGAGCUUAAGGAUGCUAUGUGUGAUGCGGAUGACUUGCUGGAUGAAAUCUCCACUGAGGCCUUAGGACGGGAAGUGAUGACCGGGGACAAGAAGGCCAAAGAGGUACGCAUCUUCUUUUCUAAAUCUAACCAGCUUGCAUAUGGUGUUAGAAUGGGUCAUAAGGUUAAGGCCAUGAGGGAGAGGUUUGAUGCGAUUGCAACUGAAAGCAAGUUGCUUAAGCUUGCUAUAGCUGCGGAGAGGCAGUUUCAGUUGGAAGAACGUUGUGAGGAGAGACAAGUCAGGUAUAAGGCAAGACAGCAGACUCAUUCCCUUGCAAGUGCUGAAGAUGUUAUUGGGAGGGAGGAGGAUAAGAAGGCCAUCAUUGGAUCUCUGUUGGAUCCCAAUGUCAACGAGAAUGUUUCUGUCCUUCCGAUAGUUGGUAUCGGAGGACUAGGAAAGACCACAGUUGCUCAACUUGUCUUCAAUGAUAAAGAACUCAAAGACCAUUUUGAGCCAAAAGUGUGGGUGUGUGUCUCUGAGAAUUUUGAUGUGAAAAUAAUUGUUCAGAAAAUCUUGGAGUGUGUAAAAAAUGGGAAACUAGCAAAAGACCUUGAAAUGAACACGUUAGUCAAUGAUGUUCAUAAAGAAAUUAAUGGAAAAAGAUACUUGAUUGUGUUGGAUGAUGUGUGGAAUGAAGAGCGUGAAAAAUGGUUUAGUUUGAAAAAAAUUUUGAUGGGUGGCGCAAGAGGCAGUAGAAUAGUUGUGACUACACGUAGUCAAAUAGUGGCAAAGAUUUCACAGCCUAUUCAACCACAUGUGUUACAGGGUUUAGAUAAACAAUAUGCUUGGUCUUUAUUUAUGAAGAUAGCGUUCAACGAGGGGAAAGAACCGAAGAAUGCAAGUUUUGUAAAUAUUGUGGAGGAGAUUUUGAAGAAAUGUGCGGGGAUUCCGCUUGCUAUAAGAACAAUAGGAGGUCUGGUAAAUUCUAAAGAAUUCACAAUAGAGUGGUUAUCAUUCAUAAACAAAGAACUUUCAAAAAUACCUCAGAAUGAAGAUGACAUUUUACCAACACUAAAGUUGAGUUACAAUCAUCUCCCGUCACACUUGAAGCAAUGCUUUGCUUAUUGUAGUCUAUUUCCAAAGGAUUUAGAGAUUAACAAGUCAAGUUUGAUUAAUAUGUGGAUGGCGCAAGGGUUCAUCACGUUGUAUGACGAAAAGCAAUGUUCAAGAGAUGUUGGUCAUGAGUAUUUUAUGGAUUUGCUUUGGAGAUCAUUCUUUCAAGAAGUUGAAAAAGAUGAACUUGGCAAUAUUUCAAAAUUCAAAAUACAUGAUCUCAUGCAUGAUAUAGCAAUACAAGUUAUGAGUUCAGAGAGCACCACCAUUUAUUCAAAAGAGAAAGUCAUUGAUGAGAAAACUCGUCAUGUGUCAUUUGGGGAUACAUUGUACUCAUCAUCGGAAAUUCCAAUCUCAUUAUAUACAGCAAGAAGGAUAAAGACAUUUCUUUUGCCAUGUCAACCAAAGUAUGAUACCAUAAGAUCAAAUGAUUCAACUUAUAUUGCAAUUGUGGCUAGUUUUAAGUUUAUACGCUUGUUGGAUUUGCAUAACAUGGGGAUUAAAACAAUUCCAAGUUCUAUCAAAAAGUUGAAGCAUCUAAGAUACCUUGAUCUUUCUGAGAAUAAAGACAUUGAAAUGCUUCCUAAUUCUAUUGUCAAGUUGUACAAUUUGCAAACACUUAAACUCUCUAAGUGUGAAAACCUCAAAGAAUUGCCAAAAGAUAUUAACAAAUUAGUCAACCUCAAGUUUCUUGAGUUUGAUAAGUGUUGGAGGUUGACUCAUAUGCCAAAUGGACUGGGCCAAUUGACUAAUCUACAAACAUUAUCAAGAUUUGUGAUGAGUGAGGGUAGGAUUGAUUCAGUGCCUAAGGGUAACGGUGGAUUGAAGGAACUUGCCAAGCUAAAUGAGCUAAGAGAAAAUCUGUCAAUUGAAAAUCUCAAACACGAAAAAGAUGCUGCAUUAGAGUAUAAGGAUGCAAAUUUGAAAGAGAAACAACGUCUUGAUAGGUUGGACUUAAAUUGGGUAUACGAAGCCAUUGAUGAGACAGGUGCCAGUUAUGAUUACAUGUCAUUGGAAGCCUUGCAACCACAUAUAAAUCUCAAAGUAUUGAGUUUAGAGCAGUACGGGGGAGUGACAUUUCCACAUUGGCUUGUGUCGCUCACAAAUCUUGUCCAAUUUAGAUUAUAUUCAUGUAGAAAAUGCCAAUAUCUUCCACCGUUGGACCAAUUUCCUUCUCUCAAAAUUAUCCAUUUGAGCGGAUUGAAUUCUUUAGAGCACAUAUCAGAUUUAGAGAGAGAUAACAGUGAUUCUUUAUUCUACCCAUAUUUGGAGACGCUCUAUAUUUCAAAUUGCCCUAAUUUAAAGGGAUGGUGGCAGGGAAGGAGGGAUUCUCUUCCGUCAUUUCCUCGUCUUUCUAAUUUACAAAUUAAGAAUUGCCCUCAGCUGACUUCCUUUCCUUUGUUUCCAUAUCUCGAAAGAUUGAGCCUAGUUAAAUGUAACUUGAACUUGAAGCAGUCAUGGGAGAGGAUGAUGAUAAACAACAAAACUUCAAGGAAUCUACCAUCAAUUGCUUCUUCUUCUUCUUCUCCUUCUACAAUUGUUGCCCCUCUCUCCAAAUUAAGUUGGAUGAAUAUAGAGAACACGGAAGAAGCUUUGCCAGAGGAGUGCCUACCAAAUCUCAUUUCUCUCCGUACUCUAUUUCUACUCGAAUGUCCUCUUCCUCAAGGCAUGCGAUAUCUUACGGCACUUCAACGUCUGGAAGUUCAGUUCUCUGAGGUGGUUGAUUUAUCCAAUGAUUGGGAUGAGAUGGAAUGGCAAGGACUUAGGACCCUUCUCUCUUUGGAAUUCUAUUAUCUUCCGAAGUUGGUCUCUCUCCCAACAGGGCUUCAAUAUGUCAGCUCUCUACAAGUUCUCAGCAUUUCGUCCUGUCAUAGUUUGAUAGCUAUACCGGAGUGGAUCUGCAAACUUAUAUCUCUUCAAUAUCUUUCAAUUUGGGAUAGCCCUAAUUUGGAAUCAUUGCCAGAAGGAUUCGGUGCCCUUACCUCUUUGCAAACACUAAAAAUUAGAGGAUGUCCCAUCUUACUGAAAAGAUGCAAGAAGCAAAUCGGGGAAGAUUGGCAUAAAAUUUCUCACAUUCCCAAUUUGGAAGGAGAUCUGUCUCAGCAAGAAAUAAGAGCCAGAUGAAGAAGAACCAAAUGAAGAAGCAAAGGAACCUGCUCGUCAGAAUUGGGAGUUAAUUAAGGCUUUUGGGUGCUGCAAUUGUUCAACUCAGCAAUUGG